AUGUGCGAGCGGCAGCGCGGGCUGGGCCAGGCGCUCCUCGCGUCCUUCCUCAUCUCGGUCUGCUCGGUGGUGGUCAAGUCCUGCCAGGUCCCCAUCGGCCAGGCCACCUUCCUCUCCGGCCUGGUCGUCGCCUGCUGCAGCUUCCCUGUGGCCCUCUACCGCUCCGAAGACCUCUUCCCCAGCGGCCACCGGCUGCGGCUCCUCCUCUUCAGCGUCCUCAACAGCAUCAUGGUCCUCUCCGACUACCAGGCCAUGCGGCUGAUGCCCCUCGGGGACGAGGCCGUCAUGGCGUACACUUCCAUAAUCUUCACCGUCCUCUUGGCUAGGAUCUUCCUCGGCGAGCCUUGCAGUAGAGAGAAGCUGCUCUGCUCGUUCUGCAUCGUCGUGGGGGUGGCCCUCAUAUCCUCGCCUGCGGUCGCCAACUUGGCAUAUCCUCACUACGGCCUCGGCUGCGUCCUUACUCUCCUCGGAGCGCUCUGUGAUGCGUCUAGCUACAUUUUCAUUAAGGAACUAUCAGCUGUCCCGUGCUCUGUUAUCUUGAUCAGCUGCGGGACAGCCUCAAUGAUCAUUACAGGUCCGCUGAGCCUGAUCGAAGAAUGGACGAUACCGAAGGAACUCAUCAGCCUCACUACGAUAACGCUGCUCACGUUCUUCCACGACCUCUUCAUAAUCCUGGCCCUCAGGGCGGAAGAAGCCGGACUCGUCUCUUUGGUCCAGGCUACGGAUAUCGUCUUUUCCUACAUCUGGGAGCUGACCUUCUUCGAGGAACCGUACACCUUCCUGAGGGUGUUUGGAGCGGGGCUGGUCAUCUCGGCCGUCUGCCUAGCCGCCUUGGUCGAGAGGAGUCCUCCAGUCAGCCUCCUGGAGUGCAAGGAGUUACCGGUCUUCAUCAAGCAAACCGACAGGAAACUCCGCUACGAGUUCGGCCUCCGAGCUGAGAUGUUCAAGUGGUUACACCUGAGGGACAGAGUGCUACCAUUGGUUAGUUACUCAGCAAGUGUUUUCAUGUCAUUAUAUCCAUAUGUUAAAAUUUACUAG